AUGAGCAAACCCAAAAUUUUAAUAUGUCAGAUAAAAAACGUCGGCGACAUCAAGGGGUGGAACUUGAAAGGAAUAGAGUCAUGCAAAAAAAAAAUAUUCGGGUACGCAGAAAAUAUGCCGGGCGAAAAAAACUGGAUCAAACCGCUAAUCGGGAAAAGUAUGCAAAAUUAUUAUUUCCCGUCAAAAUAUUUACACCUCGAUUUUAACUUAAAGGAGUACAUGAGGAUGCAGACCGUGCGUUUUAAAAAAAAGGAGAUAGACGAUAGCUUAAUUAAUUUGCAAAAAUGCAUUAACCUCAUAAUUGAGAACAAAGACAAGGUGGAAAAUUUUUUAGCAAGCAUACCAAAGGAGUUGUAUCUCGAAAAUCAGAGCUUGAAGGAUUUUUACUCUCUAUAUUUGACCGUCUUCCCCGACCAGUUAAAUUUGCACGAACACAAAUUCAGUUGGUUUAGCCCGCGCGGGGACAAUAGCAGGGAAACCCAAGCGGAUAAGUCCAAUUUCGAGCACUCCCCUUUUUGCACACAAAAUGGAAGUGAAAGCGAAAAUUACCUGAACAAGUCAGGCAAAAUGGAAGAAAAAAAGGUGACAUCCGAGGAGAAGGAAAAAAGUGAAAUGUGCCAAAAGGUAUGUGAAGAAGUAACAACACAGAAGAGCAGUUAUGACAAAAUAAUUUUUUCCAGAACGAAGGGAAGGCUGUCAUUUAAGAGGAUAAUACUUGGGGAGAAUUCCCCGGGGGAUGGGGAUAAAUCGCUCACGAGAUUGAAUUGUGGGAAGGAAGUAAAUACAACAGGCCCAAAGCUACACUACGUAGACUGUGACGUGAACAUAGGACUGGAGGAGCGCCGAGAAAAAACCAAAGCAGAAAUGGAGGAACACGAAAGAUCAAAAAAUCACUUUUUAAAUUUGCUAAGCCAAAAUGAACAUUUACAAAAUACUUUUUCCAUCAGAAACAGGUUUAUCGACCCGCUGUAUCUCCGACGGAGGUACUCCUUCAUUGACAAAUUAACAAAAAAGAAAAUAAAAAAAGAAAAAUAUAAAACUUACAGAAAGCACUUCAUUCAGCAUGCUGAUGAGAAGGAAGUGUGGCCAGAUAACAAGGGACUGCUCAACAAGGUUUACCCAAAUCCGUAUUCGUGA